AUGGAUCGAACGGAAACACCCCGAGCCGUCUUUCACAACUAUCUCCGCGCGUUCUAUCCUUUCCACCCCACCGGGGAUGUAUCCCCUUCCACAGUCACUCUGCCAUUGGACCAGGGGGAUAUUAUCCUGGUGCACUCGGUCCACACGAAUGGAUGGGCAGAUGGCACGUUACUAGAUACCGGCUCUCGAGGCUGGCUACCCACCAACUACUGCGAAGCUUACGACGAACUACAGAUGCGUCCACUUCUGAAGGCGUUGACCGACCUGUGGGAUAUCAUCCAAGGAGGGUGUGAUUAUCCUCUGCGGGAUUUUUGUAACCAGGAUAAUGUCAAGGGUCUGAUUGCGGGCGUCCGAUUCCUAUUGGAAAAAUCCGAGUGCCUCACUCGCGAUUCAAUUCUCGUAAGGAGUCAUGAUGGUCUACGUCGGAACCGUAAAGCGUUACUCGCGGACCUGUCGUCCCUGGUAAGGACUACCAAGAAGUGUCAAGAAUUGGCCGGUGCGGAUGCAACCGAGGAUGAGGUGUACAUGAUGGAUGAAAUGUUACUCAAAGCGUUCCGCAUUGUGACCCGAGGCGUUCGAUUCCUUGACGUAUGGAAUGAGAAGGUUGGCUUGAGUCGAACGAUCGCCGAGCUCGAACAGCAUUCAGACCCGUUUGACCUACCGCAUACCCCAGCUUCUGAGACUUUCGAGGCACCCGGGUCGGAAGCCGACACCGAACGGAACGAGUCGAGACUGUUGAACCGUAGCCGAUUGGACAUGAGUCGUGCAUCCAACCGAACGGAUACGCUAGACUCGCUGCCUCGCCCUGUAUCGGUCUCGACGAAACGGAUCUCCAUCUCCCAUCGAGUGUCUUAUUCUGGACCUGCUGCAGCGGCCCGAAACCCAAACCUGGCGUCCGAACGACUCAAUGCAACGUACGACGCUUUUCUCGGGGUGUUGGGGUCUUUCAUUGGCCUGCAUCUUCAGUCCCGUCCCUCAACGGAGCUGGUUGUUACCACAGAACAGGCAGUGCGGUCCUGCCGAGGCCUUCUGACAGUGGUGGAGGCUGUAUGUGAACAUAACCCGCAGGGCAGUGGACUUCUGGAGCAAGCGCGGGACACCAUGUACGAGAGACUUUCUGAGCUUGUCUAUGCGGCACGGGAUGCCUUUCGACCUGAUCAUUCCCCGGAGGAUGAGCUGGUAUUCAUGCCUGAUGAGGGCAAGCGUCUGGUGGACGCCGCCACGGAUUGUGUGAGAGGGGCUGGAAACUGUUUGGCUAAAGCUCGCCGGGUGCUGGAGCAGAGUGGUGAUUUCGAGCUGGAGGCGAUCCCCACAGAUGUUGCGAUGACCCCGGAUGUCAACACGACCCCUCAGCCCCAGCGGACUGGUGACCUGACCAGUGAGCUGAGUCGGUCUCAGGAACAGACCCUGCGACUUCCUCCUCCGCCUUUGGACAUCCCCAUUGGCAAUAACCGUUCUUCUCCUUCGACGCCCGGCUUGACCGAUGAUACCACCCCAUCAUCAUUCACUUCCCGUGCGGGAUUGGCUAGUCCGGCCACUGCCAUUUCCGACUUGUCCUCCUUUCCGUCCACAACGGUCCUGUCUACGAGCCUCGAUAAACUCUCCUUCUCUUCGACACAGGAUGCUGCAGACUGUGCCUUGAAUCGCAACAGCCACCCCAAGUCGGAGGCCGAUGAGUCCUUCGGUCGGGGGGUGACCAGUACUGGGAGCAGUUUCACGUAUAACAGCCGCCUUCGCGACUCAGAAAUGAGCGGGGUGUCUCAGACAUCGACCCGGGCCACUUCCCCGGAUAUUGGCAGCCAGUACCAGGCACCGUCUCUCAAAGGCAGUACCAGCCACUCGACCCUCGCCGAGGAGAAUGAAGAGACAGAGGUCAACAUUCUUGAGAAGACUUAUGCACAUGAACUAAUUUUCAAGGACGGCCAGGUGAUGGGCGGAAGCCUCCGCGCAUUGGUAGAGAAACUCACUGCGCAUCAGUCGACCCCAGACGCCAUGUUUGUCUCGACCUUCUAUCUCACGUUCCGUCUAUUCGCCACGCCGAUGGAGUUUGCGGAGGCCCUUGUAGAUCGGUUCAACUAUAUCGGCGACACUUCUCACGCUGCGGGUCCCGUCCGCCUCCGCGUAUACAACGUGUUCAAGGGCUGGCUGGAGGCUCACUGGCGUCAUGAUUGUGACGAUUCGGCGUUGGAUUAUAUUGUCAACUUCGCCAGCACAACGUUGAUGCAGAACCUACCCUCCGCCGGCAAACGCCUAGUAGAGCUCGCUGAAAAGGUCUCAAUGGUACACGGUCCGGUUGUCCCACGUCUGAUGUCCUCCAUGGGCAAGACCAACACGGCAACAGCACAUUACGUGCAUCCGGAUACCCCCCUUCCGCCUCCGAUUCUGACGAAGAAGGAGGCCAAUCUUUUGAAGCAAUGGAAGAACGGCGAGACUAGCAUCACCAUCUUGGACUUUGAUCCGAUGGAGCUGGCCCGUCAGCUCACCAUCAAGGAAUCCAGGAUAUUUUGUGCCAUUCUUCCCGAAGAAUUGCUGGCGACGGAAUGGAUGAAGAGAUCGGCCUCACUGGCUGUCAAUGUGCGGGCGAUGUCUACGUUGUCGACAGACCUGGCGCAUUUAGUGGCGGACUCGAUCCUUCAACUGGAGGAACCCAAGAAGCGUGCGGCAAUCAUCAAACACUGGGUCAAGAUCGCCAACAAGUGUCUCGAAUUGAACAACUACGAUUCAUUGAUGGCCAUCAUCUGCUCACUGAACUCGUCGAUGAUCUCCCGUCUCAAGCGGACAUGGGAGGUGGUGUCGCAGAAGACCAAGACCACCCUCGAAGUCCUCCGAGGCAUCGUGGAUGUCUCGCGCAACUACGCAGUGCUCCGACAGCGGUUACAAGGACACGUCCCACCAUGCUUACCGUUCGUCGGCACAUAUCUGACGGACCUCACGUUUGUUGACCACGGAAACCCACCGUUGCGUAGCCUCCCCACAGACGAUGGCGAGAUGGCUGUGAUCAAUUUCGACAAGCACAUGAAAACAGCCCGGAUUAUCAGCGAACUGCAGCGCUUCCAGAUCCCGUACCGACUGACGGAGGUGCCGGAGCUACAGGCAUGGAUGCAGAACGAGUUGAUCCGCGUGCGGUCCAACGGCGAGAAGACCCUACAGACAUACUACCGACGGUCGUUGGUGCUGGAACCGCGUGAAACCCAUGCGGCCGCCCGACCUACCCUCCAAACUGAGACCAGCUCGUCCUCGUCGAUCCUGGAGAAUGCCAAGGAUAAAUUUGAUUUCUUAUCCUGGACACAUCCCUCGAAGGCCAAGUCCGUGGCGACGAAUGGAUAG